AUGCGAUGUGUUGCAUUCGUGGUGCUAUUAACGUGCUGGAUCGUAACGACUAAAGCAGUGGAUGAACGAGGUCUUCCUCUUGCACUAGGACAGCUUGCAGCGACUUCCGAGAACCAAGGCACUGUCACAGCUCAAGCCUUGCUGGAAGGCCCUCCUGAGCUUACUACGUCACUCCCGCUGUUCAACCAACUCGUCCGUGAAGACCGUAGAGAGCUUCUUAGCCAAAUCGGUGCACUACACCUCUUCGGAGGUGGCUCCGUGCCUCACAACGCGACUCAUGCUGAGUUAUUCCUCCAAGCUAGCGCUCUGCUCGGCAGUGCUCAAGCGCAAUUCCUACUCGGCACUCAGCGAGCUUCAACUAAUGAUAGUGCAUCUGCAUACUUGUACUACGAGUUUGCAGCUCACGGGAGCUCAAUCAGCGCCACAAUGGCACUCGGGUAUCGUGCACUUCAUGGCUACAGCUCAGUCAAAUCAUGUUCAACUGCGAUGAGGCUCUACAAGCUCGCCGCAGACCGUGUUGUUACCGAACAGAGCGACCAAAAGCUCCAGUUGUACGCGUUCCCAGAGCCCACGCGACUUUCAGAGACGGAAGGUGUACGGUACCACUUGGAUCUCAAUCCAGCCGAGGACUUCAAUCGAGCUGAGUACCUUCGACAACGUGCUGCUGACUUCCGUAACGCUGAUCUAAUGGUCCAGUCCGCGAGUAUUACUCUAUUCAGUAAUCUGUACAAGACUACAAAUACUAUCGAACUCGACGAACAUGCUACGAGAGAGCAACAAGCUCUACUGUUUCUGGAACGCUCGAUUGAAAUGGGGAACAUCAAGGCUCAAACGCUCUUAGGUCACGUAUACGCUUACGGGUUAGCUGGGUGCUUAGUUAAUAUUACGAGAGCUAUGGAACUGUACGAAGCUGCCUUGAAUGCGUCGCACAGCAGACCUAGUGGCGAAGCUGCUAACGGUUUUGGUGUGGUCUACUCACAAGGUGUUGGUGACGUACCUGUAGAUCUCGACAAAGCUCGCAAUCUCUUCAUGGUUGCUGCGAAUGCAGGACACGCUGAAGGUGUCUACAACACUGGCAUGGCAUUUCUCGAGCUGGGAGCGUAUCAUACUGCACGUGCGAAGGAAUAUUUCGUUGCAGCGGCACAUGUGGGUCAUCUAAAGUCGCUGUUUCAACUAGCUCGGAUCAAGCAAAGACAGAUCGUUGAUAUCGGCGCUAGAGCGAGCAGUGUCUCGUGUGAAGAGGUUGUAGAGCUCUACAAACGCGUGGCUGAAUUCUCUCGUGAAGGCUCAGAGCUCAUGACACAAGCAUUAACGCACACUCAACGCGGCAACUGGGCGCUCGCUUUCGAGCUGUACUUGAUCGCAGCGGAAAUGGGCUACGAAGUCGCGCAAAGCAAUGCGAUCUGGCUUAUCGAACGUAUACAGCGGCAAGUGUUUGGCACUUCAUCGCGUCGAAACUCGACGCAACUGGAGCGUUUGUACACGCAACUAGUGACCCGUGCAGCUGGCCAAGACAGCGUCGAAGCGCUGUUGCGUAUGGGCGACGGUGUCUUUGAAGAUAAAGCAUAUGCCCUCGCGUUGAGGCACUAUCAACACGCAGACCUAGUGAGUGCUGGAACUUGCGCUAGAGCGCUUUACAGUGUCGGCUACAUGUACGAACAAGGCCACGGAGUCUCUUUUGCAUCAACAGAGCGAGCCUCGCUGUAUUAUCAUCUCGCAGGCGUGAAAGAGCCGUCUCUACGUCUUGUCAUGGCUGCACUGAAUCUCAAAUUACGUAUCCAAAGCAGCUUGGGCCACAGUCGGCCACACGAAUACGCUGCGGCGUUACGCUUUCAAGGUGAUCAGUCCCAGCUUCUUAUCGAGUUUGCUCGUGGUGAAUUGCCGUUGGAACAGCAAGACUAUACCAUUGAAACAUGGCUGCGUAUCGACGAUUUGCCGUCAGAUGAGGUGGUGACUCUCGUCGAUGCGCUAGAUAAUUUUCAGUUGGAGUUGCUUCGUGCAACUGGGAAAGAGUCCUGGAUGUUGCGGUUCCGGAAGUUUUCUUUGGUGGACGAACAACUUCCUGAACUUGUGCUUCGCUUUCCCAAAGCACCGUUGACUCCGCAUACGUGGUAUCACGUGGCUAUCACGUUUGAUGCCACAUACCAGACUGUCAUGCUUUUACUCAACGGUAAAGUGAAGCAAGUGCUGAGUUUCCGUCCCCAUCCAGCGGCUUUAACACGCAGUGAAGAAGCUACAAGUGACGGAGCAUCUUCAUCCUCCUCAAAGUUCCUAGCUAUUGGGAGUACAAUCGGUCGUAUCUACGGAAUGAUUCCUCCAAAUUCCCGAGUUUUCUCGGGACAGCUUGUACAUUUCCGUCUGUGGAAGACACGCAAGACUGCAAAAGAAAUCAGUGUACUGAUGUUGGAGCAAUACAACGAAGUGGCAACCCGAAAUCUGCUAGUUCAUCUGCGCUACAAGCUCAACGGUGCGUCCAUUUCCAGUGCCAACUCGAAGCCAACGACCAACCGCGUGAUGAACGGAGACCAAAUUGUGCCUGAAGCUCAGGGCGUUCAACUAAAGAUCGUGGAGUUCCCACCAUCCAAUUAA